GUCACGUGAUAAAUUGCAGACGAAACCGCGAAGCUGCUUCCGCUCCUUCGCGCCAGAUUUCAAACAACGGCGAAUUUUUAUGUUAUUAAUGGUAAAAAAGGAUAAUGCCGCUGUUUGGUAAGAAGAUAUUUAGUACAGUAAAGCCUUUAACUGAUAAAGAACCGAAUGAGACGAUCUACACGAUACCACAUACCAAGGAACAGUUCAGAUCCAAAGAGGAAUACACAAAACGUUUGUCGUGGUAUAAGGAGAAAAUCUGGACAUGCAAGUGUACAGGCCAUGUGAACCUGACGCAUGAAGAAGCAUGGAAUUCUGAAAAGCAGGUUCUCAAAGUCUUGAAAAAUCAGUUCCAGACUGCUUAUGAGAAACCAGUACUACAGUUAGUCCACCACAGUACUCUUCCUCUUGAAAGCAUUGUUGAUCAAGCUUGGCUCAAACUGCAGCAGGUGCUCUGCAUAGGAGAAAAGGUUGUUUUAAAGAUAAAGGCUGCUGGAAAAACAAUUCAAGGUGUGGUUGUGAAAGUGGACACAGCAGGAUGCCAGGUGAACCCCACUAGCAACUGUAGCUCUCCCUCAAGUGACAAAGAAAACAAGGCUGAAGAGGGAAACUCGCCCAAAAAAUGGACCCCACCCAAGUUACUGCCUUACAAGUACAGCUUCCGUCUAGAGGGAGAAGACAAAAUUAUUAAUGCAGUUCCAGCUUCAGAUCUUCAGCGGACAGAUAAGCCUCCAUCUAAGGAACUCAUCCGACUGUUCAUCCGAGCCAAUUCCGUCAGGUCUGGGCAGAACCCCACCAGUCCGUGGGUCGUGGAUGAAAAUAAAGUCAAGGAGUUUAAUCUACCCAACAAGUUUAAUGAUUUCUUCUUGUCACCUGUCAAGGUGGCAGAGGUGGCAAAGAAAGCAGAGGAAGAAAGGGCAAAGAAAAGAAAGUCCACAGGAAAGCAUGAUUCUUCAUCCUCUAAAAAACUGAAGAAAAUGAAAGGAGAAGAAAAGAGCAAGGAUAACAAAAAACAAAUGACUCUGUCGCCACUGAAAAAGAAAGUGUCAAAGACGCCGACCAAGUCUUCAGAUGAUGAUGUACAAAUCAUUGAGAAUUCAGACUCUGAGAGUGAUGAAGAUAAGCCAUUAGCCAAACUGAACAAAUCUAGUCCCUCCAAAAAGACCUCAGAGAAAAAAGAAAAGAAGCAGAAAGUAAAAAAGGAAAAGAAAGAAAAGACCCCAAAGAAAGAUGGUAAGAAGAAAAAGGAAAAACUAGAAUCUGCUGACAGUGAUGAUGAGCCCCUUGCAAAGUUGAAAAAGUCCCCCUCUAAAAAGGGUAUGAAGCAGAUGACAUUAUUUGAUUUAUCAAAGAAAAAAGGGAUGAAAACCCCAGACAAAAAGAAAAUGGGAUCUUUAAGAACACCAGAAAAAGGCAACAAAACACCAGAUCGACCAAUUAAAUCUCCCACCAGCAAAACCCCAGCCAUUGUGUCUAAAAUGGUCAGGGCCUUCAAACUGAAAGAGGAAGCAAAAUUAAAGAACUUGGCUGUAAAAGCAGCUGAUAUACUGACUGUCAAUCAGAUGAAAAAACUACCCUCGGACAUUAAAGACCUCGUCAACAAACGAUUCGAAAAGAUUCAGGAAAAGAAGAAACUUGCCAGCAUGACUGAGGAGGAAAAGGCAAAUUACAUGAAAGAGAAGAAAGAGAAACAAAAACAGGAAAUGAGAGAAAAGCAGCUGAAACUCAGACAGAAAUUUGAGGAUCAGGAGUUAUCUAACCUGAAGCCUCUACCAGCUCCAAAAUUAGUGACCACCCCUGAGGGACUGCCUAAUGAGCUGUUUGGGGACAUCACCAUGGUGACAGAGUUUGUCAGCUGUUACUCAGGACUUCUGAUGCCAAAAGAUGACUACCCUAUAUAUACAGAUGCCUUAAUGAAGGCUCUGUGCAGUGGUAAGGAAGGCUUCCUGUACAUUGGUCGAGUCCUGGUAGUUCUACUUCAGACUCUUCUGCAGGAUCAGAUAUCAGAGGAUUACCAGGAGAUGCGUGUGUCCCUUAGUGACAUUCCUGUGAACCCGUACACGGCCUCGGAGUUGGUUCGGCUCUGUCUGAGGAGACAAGAUGUCGAGGAUCAGAGUACGAGUAAUGUCAGCACUGACACGGAUCUAGAUGAGGAAGUGUCAGAUGACAUUAUUCAGCAGUUGGAAACCCAGGAAUUCUUUAUGUUAGACCCAGUGCAGAAAAUUCAGAUCCUUAAGGGCCUGUGUCUGAGAAUCAUGGGAACCUAUUCUGUCCAGGAUUACAUGGAGGAAAAACAGCAGGAAGCCACACAACUCUGGAAAACAAAAUUAAAAGAGAUGAAAUCAAAGAAUGAUGAACUGAAAAAAGUAAAGAAUAAGAAGGGACUGGUGAAUGGGGAGGAACCAACCAAAGCCAAAGAGGGGGAGGGGGAAAAUCAGGGGAAGGAGGAGGAUCCUAAUAGGGAUAUUUUAAUUACCCAUUUUUAUGGGAAACAGGCAGUAGAAAGUGAUGGAUCUAAACCAGGGACCCCCACACCUAUGGAUUCAGCCGAGGAGAAGGAUGACCUGGCGUCGGUGGUCAAAAGACGUAGAAUCACCACGGCCCAGGCAUUAGCUGAAAAGAAGAAAAAGGAGGAGGAGGACAGGUUAAGGAGGCAAAAAGAAGCUGAAAUAUACAAGAAAGAAAUAGAGAUGGAGAAAUUUGAGAAAAAGUUUACAGAAGGGAUAGCUCUUGCUAAGGCUGUGCUAAGACAAACUCCGAUAGGAACGGAUCGUAACCAUAACAGAUACUGGGUGUUUUCACAGACCACACCAGGACUUUACAUUGAAAAAGGAUGGGUAACGGAUUACAUUGACUAUAACGUCCCCAAAUCUGAAGAAUCGGAUGAUUCUGACGAUGACGUGGUGGUGACAGAAGAUGGUCCAUUGUCCGAGUCACGGACAGCUGCUGAGAAAACAGCUCCCAAAAUUGGACAGAAUCUGUGGUUUACGUACGACUCGGUCAAAGACCUCGACAUUCUGAUAGAUAGUCUCCACCCACAGGGGAUCCGAGAAAAUCAUCUACGAGCCGAACUCAAAAAGAGAUAUGAUAUUGUACACAAAGCUGUGAUACGAGCCAACAGAACCAAUUUAGAACUCAGGGAUUGUGACGGAGAAAAGGGAUUGAUGGAAGCUUAUAAAAAGACAUCGGAGUACAAUGAGAAUGAGGCUCACUUUAAAAAGGAGUUGUUGGACACGGAGCUGAGGUUACGGAAUGGAGGACUAGGAGGAGUGGAUGAUUUCCCUGUGUGGGAGAAAAAACUAGAGACUUCAGCAGACUUAACAGGCAUGGCGGAGUGCCUGUUAGAAGUGCAGGAGAAUGUGCUAGAGAAGUUUCGUCAGGGUAUCAUGGCUGUGAGUAAGAAGAAGAUUCUGGUCAAAUCUGGGGAUGACAGUGACGCAGAGGAGAAAGAGGAAGAGAUCACAGUUUGUCUGGGUAUAUCUAAGUGGCGAGAGGCAGUGGAGAAUGCUAGUACCUUGUCAAGACUUCAUGUUCUCUUCGGCAUCCUGGAAGCUUGUAUAAAGUGGGAAAAAUCAGCUGAAAAUGCGAAAUGUAAGAUCUGUCGUAAGAAAGGAGAUGAUUCGGCUUUGUUGCUAUGUGACGAUUGUAACCAAGCUUUCCACAUGCAUUGCCUACGGCCAGCUCUCUUUGAGAUUCCUAAAGGCGACUGGUUAUGUCCAGCCUGCGAUCCAAAUCAUUCAAGAAGACGAGUUCGGGAUUACCCUAAAAACUACCAUGUAUCAGAUUCAAAUGAUGAAGCAAGUGAUGAGAGUGAAAUAGAACAUGAAGACAAGUGUGUACAGUGUGGCCAUGAUGAGAAUCUUAUUCUGUGUGCCAAGUGUCCAUCCGCCUACCACCUGGAGUGCCACGACCCUCCUCUCCGUCGACCCCCCAGGGGUCACUGGGAGUGCAACGAGUGUAAGACGGGUGUAAAAAGGUCAACCAGGUCUAAAACGGCAAGGAGAAAUGCUGUAAAGAAUAAGAGAGCCCCUCCAAGGCGGCGUAAUUAUGAGGAGUCGGAAGGCAGCACAACAGAGGAGGAAGAAGAAGAAAGCGAUGAGGAGGGUGAGGAAAGUUCUGGUACAGAGGAGGAGGAAGAGGCUCAACCUCCGAGAAAGUCACAGCGCCGAUCUCAGGACACAAUGGCACGACGGGGCAGGCCAGCUGCUCAGGCACGUGGCCGGGACAGGACCAGGAAUAGGUCCACUGAUGAAGAAAUGACAGUAUCACGAUCAGGAUCAUCACGACGGGCACCGUCAGAUUUAUCUAUAUGUGAGCAGAUUGUAGCCAACACCAUGAAACAGAAAGCCUGCUGGCCAUUCUUAAAUCCUGUCAACAAAAAGGAGGUACCUGAUUACUACCAGAUCAUCAAGCAUCCAUUAGAUUUCCAGAUCAUUAAGGAUCGACUUCAAUGUCUGGUGUAUGGAUCUCCUCUAGAGGUGAUGGAAGAUGUGAAGCUGGUCUUCAAUAAUGCUGAGACAUACAACAAAGAGGGCAGUGAAAUUCUGGAUUAUAUGAGGGAAGUCGAGACCUACUUUUCUGAACAAAUGAAGAAACAUCUGCCGACAUUCCCGUAUUAUCGACAGACCCUGACCAAUGGGCAUGCUGAUUGACAGAAUUAGUGAUGCUUUCCUUGGUUUUUAUAGAGUAAAAUACACUGUAGCAUCUGAAUGUAAGGCUGGUUUAUAUGGCAAACAAGUGCUCCGUGUCACUCCUUUAUGUGUUCUGUUUUUCAAGCAGUAUUUGUUCAUUAAAAACAGAGACCAUGUAUUAAGUAAACUCAGACUGUUCUAUCUCGUACAAUACCAGACACAUAUUCUCUGAGCUGAUGGGAUCAUGCUCCAGGGAACUCGAAUUCCUACGCUGAGUUUCAGUCUCCAUCAAAAAUGACCAACCUCUCUACUUAUGAAAUGGUUCAUCUUUUUAUAUACUUGUCAACAAUAUAAAAUGGAUACUUUUUUCCUUCAUUUUUUUAUACAUGUAUAUUACUUUAUUAGAAUGAACAUUUCACAUAUUUUUAGGGUAUUUUAGAUUAAGUAAUAUUAGAUAAUUUAUUCAUUUUACAUAUGUGCUUUUGUGAAGAAAAAAAUCAUGAAUAUGUAGCUGAGAAUGUGAAUCUUUUUUGUCACAGGGUGGUGUCAUCUUUUACCAUUUUGUUUUUUAAGUUAAACAAUGAAAUCAUGUUGUAACUUGUGUCACAGAUUUAUUUAUAUCAGAUCACCAAGAUUUCAUCCAAACCCAUUUUUCAUUGGUCGAAAAAAGGAAUGAGUACUGCAAGAAAUGCAGAUAAAUUGUGUCAUUUAAAUUAUGAAAUGUAAAAUAGGUUUUUUACAGAAAAAAUAAUGAGUGAACAGUUAUAUUUAGAUUUCUUUUUACUUCAUGUUCAAAAUUUCACUCGACUACAAAUCAAGAACUGCUUUUGUAAGAGUUACUUGAGAUGGUUUAGUUUUAAAACAACAACCAUCAUAAGUUGUAAUUUCUGAACUUAGCAACAGCAAAAUGACAGGAAGGUUUACAUGUGAUUGUCAUUCUGUUCUCAGAUUCUCAAAGUACAUCAAAUAUGAAUAUGCAUGACAGAAUCAUGACUGGCAUUGCUGCCUUGUACCAAAUCUGUAGUAUCUGUUAUUUUAUGGUCGAUGUCUGUUAAAUCUAAAAUAAAAUGUCAGGAAAUCUC